AUGGGGCAGAGCAGCAAGUCAGGAGCUGGCGGCGGAGGAGGAGGUGGUGUGGUGUGUCCUUCAACAGCGAUCAGUAUUGGUGGCUGUGCCUCCGGAACGGCACUAAUUUCACUGGACGCCACUGGACCGGGCGGAGGCGGGGAAACGGAGCACGAGCGUGGAACCUGGACAGGACGCUUUGAUUUCCUGCUGUCACUGCUGGGAUAUUCAGUGGGUCUGGGAAACGUUUGGCGGUUUCCCUAUCUGUGCUACAAUAAUGGAGGAGGAGCCUUCCUUAUACCCUUCACCAUCAUGCUGGUGAUUGCCGGCCUUCCGCUGAUGUUCAUGGAGCUAUCCUUUGGGCAGUAUGCUGCCCUGGGCCCGGUGGCUGUUUUCCGAAGGUUCUGCCCCCUGUUCCGCGGAUUGGGAACGGGCAUGAUCCUCGUCUCGGCCAUUGUUAUGCUCUACUACAACCUAAUCAUUGCCUGGACCAUCUUCUACAUGUUCGCCUCGUUUGCCACCAAGCUGCCGUGGCAGAACUGCGAACCCGCCUGGAGCACCAAGUAUUGCUUCUCCUACGCCCAGGCGGAUCAGUGCGAGGCCACCAAUGGCACCUACUACCUGCGCACCUGCCACAAUGCCACCUCUGCGGCGGAGAACAACAUCACGGCGCUGGCCCUUACCGCCCUGAAGCGCCCACCCGCCGAGGAGUACUUCAACAACUUUGUGCUAGGCCUGUCCAAGGGCAUCGAGGAGACGGGCAGCAUUAAGCUGUCACUGGCCGCCUGCCUCUUCCUGGCCUGGGCGAUUGUGUUCCUCUGCUUGUGUAAGGGUGUUCAGUCCUCCGGCAAGGUGGUUUACUUCACAGCCUUGUUCCCCUACGUUGUCCUUGUAAUACUCUUUGUCCGUGGAGUGACCCUGCCGGGCGCCAGCACGGGCAUUAUCUUUUACCUAACGCCCGACUGGAAGCAGUUGGCCAAUGCUCAGGUGUGGGGCGAUGCAGCUGUCCAGAUAUUCUUCGCCUUGAGCCCGGCCUGGGGAGGUUUAAUCACACUCUCCUCCUAUAACAAGUUCUCCAACAACUGCUACAAGGACUCGCUGAUUGUGGCCUUCUGCAACAUUGCCACCUCGUUCUUCGCCGGUCUGGUGAUCUUCUCGAUUAUUGGCUUCCUGGCCCAUGAGCUCAAUGUGGACGUGGAGAAGGUGGUGGACCAGGGUGCUGGCCUGGCCUUCAUUGUCUACCCGGAGGUGGUCACUCGGCUGCCCAUCUCCCCUGUCUGGGCGGUACUGUUCUUCGUGAUGCUGCUCACCCUGGGACUGGACUCACAGUUUGCUCUGAUGGAGACCGUAACCACUGCCAUAUUGGAUAGGUUCCCCAACCUGAGGCAGUACAAGAUCUGGGUGGUUCUCUCGGUGGCCAUUUUUGGGUAUAUCGGAGGCCUGGGCUUUACCACAAACAGCGGCAUGUACUGGCUGCAAUUAAUGGACAAAUAUGCUGCCAAUUGGUCGGUUCUAUUGAUUGCCAUUUCGGAGUGCAUUCUGAUUGCCUGGAUCUAUGGAUCACAGCGAUUCCUUAACGACAUUCAGGGAAUGAUUGGCAAGCGAUCCUGGUUCUGGAACUUCUUCUGGGGCAUCAUGUGGCGGUAUAUCACCCCAGCUACCCUUCUGUUCAUUCUGUUCUUCAACUGGGUGGAAUACAAGCCGGCCAAGUAUGGACACUAUGUGUACCCUCUGUGGGCCGAUACUGUGGGCUGGAUCAUUGGCCUACUGCCUGUCUGUGUCAUAUUCCUUGUGGCCUUUCACGAGAUCUGGCGGGCGCCAAAGAAUCUCAGCUUUAGGGAGCGAAUCAAGUAUCUGCUGAAGCCCACCGCCGAGUGGGGGCCAGCGGGUAGACCCUGCGUCAACCUUCACGCCGAGCGGUAUCAGAGCCAGAACUACGACGGUGUGACCAACAACCAGAUUCUCAUUGAGCACGAUCCCCCGCCCAAGCUAAUGGAGACGAGCAAGAAGGAGAGCAAGUUGACCAUCGAUGUGGAUGUGGAUGUUGAGUGCCUGCCAUUGGCUACAGUGGGCAAGCGACCAGGUCCUGGCCUACCCAAGACGAUGGGCAAACAAAUCAGUAGUGGCAGCCUGCAGGCAAAUACAAAGAACGGCACCCAUAAAUCACCCACCGAAGUCAGUCCCAGCAAGCAGCCACUUAUACCGACCGAAAAGGAAGCUAAGCCAACGGGCAAAAAGGAUGCUGAGGCAACCACAAAGGUCCUGGCAGCGGGAACCCAGAGCAGCGGACGUGAGUGCACCGCCAUGUCCACGUUUGCGGGCGGCGGAGAGAAGAACCCCACGAAAGUCAAUUCGCCGGCAAAAGCCACGACGGUGACCACAGCAACACCAGCACUUGAUGCAGCUCCCGUGAGUCAGGCCAAGAAGCCAUCGUCCGCCGGCGUUGCCACUGCCACUUUGGUCACCAUAGCGCCAGGUCAAACUCCUGCAGGAGCUGGAGCCAAAAGCAAGACAACAGUGUCAAGUGGUGCCUCAAACGGCAAAGCUCCGCUGCCAUUGGCCCAUAUUGCAGCUCCACCUAAGGACACAAUUACACCAAUCAAACCGACAAUAUCGACAGCAGCGACAACAUCAACAGUUGGCAUUGCAGCUGGAGCCAAGCCGACUGUUAGCAUUGCUGCCAUUAAGGACACGAAGUCGGCAAACACAGACCCGACAAAAGUGUCACCAGCUACAAAAAUCACACCAUCAGCGACUGGCGCCGUCAAAAACAUACCGGCAGCUGCUCCGACUAAAGUAAAUGUUGACUCUGGCAAAAAGCCAACUGCUCCGCUAUCCACGUUCAAGCCAGAAGCAAAGUCAGAUGCAACAGCACCAGCAACAUUCGUGGCCAAGGCAGCAACAGUUAGUGUAAGUGUGACAAAUGGCAAAGUAAGUGCCAGUGUAGCAGAGAUGCAAGCUGCAGUAAGUAUCACAGCAGCCAAACAGCCAGGAGCGAGUGUUGCCAAUGGAGCAGCAAGGUCACAGCCAGCAACAGUUGCAACAACAGUUGCAGCAACAUCUUCAAAGACUCCAACAAAAGCCACGCCGCCUUCAUCGACAGCCACGACCAGUGGCAAGACAGUGGUUGGAUCAUCGGCUACGGAUAAGGGGGCAGCUAGCAGCAGCAGCAGCAUCACAGCCAAAACGACGAAAGCUGGCAAAACAAAACCAGGUGAAAUCAGCCCAACCAAGGCAUCUUCGAAGUCACCAGCCAUCAAAGCCGGCGGAACAACAAGCCCCACAAAAGCAGCUGCCACCAGUAAGGUGGCAUUAGGUGGCACCCCGGCUCCAGCUGGUCUUGGUAAGACAGCAGCCAAGACAUCAGCAGCAACUCCUCCAGCGACACCGGCAUCCAGUGGCAGCAAGAAAGCAGCACCAGCAACCAGCUCCUCCAAGACGACUGCAACAUCGGGCAGUCAGGCCAAAACGAAAGCCAAUUCAUCGGCGGCAACUAAGAAGUAAUAGGACCUAAAGUCAGGUUGGUCGUAGUUCCCAGUAUCGACAACUAUUUUUAUAAGAAUAUAUAUAAAUAUAUAUAUAUAUGUGUAUGUGUGUGUACCUAGCGAGCUAGGCCAACAAUUGCUCUUGGCCCAAAAGAACCCAACUUAAGAUGUAAAUGUAAAACAAGUUAAACUAGGCGAAGGCACAUAACACGCAAUGUUUUUAUAGAUAUUUAAUAAUUAAUAUUUAAUUUGGAGUGGCAUGGCGAGAGCGCGAAAAGGAGAAACCUUCAUGUUUCCUAUGCAAAAGUACCUAUUUUAUCAGUCAUCAGUGUGCGAUAGCUGUUCCUUAGUACCUAAUUUCUAUAAGCCACUCAAGAUGGAUUGCAUUGAUGAUGCUAACGAUGUUUAUGAUGAAGAUGAUGAUGAUGGAUGAAAGACUCGAUUGUAAUUACCGAAAAAGUUAACGUAGGACUUAGUGCAGGAUCGGAACGGGAACCGGAACCGGAAACUUCUCUCAGGCCCAGUUCCUGGUGUUUGUUUAUCUUUUGUGUGUGUAAUAUCCUCCAUGGAUGAUCCCUGUGAGCCCCGCAAUUCGAGAGCAAUGUUGAAAGUGCAAUGGAAAACGUUGAGUUUUAAAAAUAUAUAAAUUUAUAUACAAAUAUACACAAGUAUUACUAUUUAUACGAGUGACGACAAGUCAUUUAAUUGGGUUUGUUUUUCUACUACAAGUACUUUUAAGACUACUUUGGAGGGACAGAAGUAUCGAGUGACGAGUGGGAAUUUUACGUUUUAUAAAUGCAUACAUUUGUUUAUAUAUUUAGAACCGUUUACAUCACCGACCCCGAAACUAGAGCCCAAAGAAUAUUUAUAUAUACGAGUAUAUAUCCCUCAAUCUGUAAAUGUGUCGAUGUGCUCACUGUAAUCUAUGUUUUCUAUGCUAACGAGAGACUCAUGUACCUAAAUGUUAAUCAAGUUGCAUCAAAUCCCCCGAUUUGUGUGCAUUUGUAUAGUUAAGACAAAAAGUAUUUAGAAGUGUUUUAUGUAUGUGGACUAGACCGAUAAUGAUAAUGAUAAUGCUCAUGAGAAAACCAAAAAACAAUAAUUAAAAGUAUAUUUCUAGAAUUUAUAUAACCAUUGUUGUGUAUUCAUGUUGAGAAUAAAUUAAACUUAUAUAAAUAUAUUAAAAUAUACAAAAA